AUUAGAUAACAGUGUGGUUUAAAUAUAAACCACAAUAAAACUCUCUAAAUAUUAAAGCUUUCAACUCUAAAUUAAAACAAAUCAACCAAUAAGCUACAAUAAUGAAAAAUCCCAAUACAUUUCCCGCCGCAGCCCUACCCUCGGGGCGGGGCGUCCCGAUCCCUCUCGCCAGUCUGUCGCGGCCCGCCGCGGAGGCAGCACGCGAUGCCUUAGCGUAUUAUGUUCCUCCCCGACCUACCGCGAGCCUGUAUGGUUGACGACGUAGCUACCUACCUCCAGGCGCCCUCCUCGGGACAGGACGAGUUCCAUCCGUUCAUAGAGGCCCUGAUGCCCUUCGUAAAGUCCUUUUCGUACACAUGGUUCAAUCUGCAAGCGGCGAAGCGGAAAUAUUAUAAGAAACACGAAAAACGGAUGAGUCUUGAAGAGGAGCGGCAUACAAAGUAUGAAUUACAGAACGAAAAGGCAGAAGUAAAACAAAAAUGGGCGUCGCGGCUGUUAGGAAAGUUGAGAAAAGACAUCACACAGGAUUGUCGGGAGGAUUUCGUCCUCAGCAUCACGGGGAAAAGGCCGGCUGUGUGUGUGCUCUCCAACCCAGAUCAGAAAGGCAAGAUGAGGAGAAUAGACUGCUUGAGACAGGCUGAUAAGGUGUGGCGCCUAGACCUAGUAAUGGUAAUACUAUUCAAAGCGAUACCCCUCGAGAGCACAGACGGGGAACGCUUAGAGAAGCACCCGGAAUGCGCGCAGCCCGGCCUCUGCGUCAACCCGUACCACAUCAACGUGUCCGUGAGGGAAUUAGACCUGUACCUGGCCAACUUCAUCAACAGCUAUGAUAUCCUAAGUGGCUCUCUCUCACCCAACCCGCGGGAGAAAGAGAACGAACAUGACGCCAAGAGCAAAGGCUAUAGCCACAAUCCGUACAACGGAGUAAUUUGCAACGAUAUUAUUCUAGCGACCGGCGUCUUCUCGUCAAAGGAACUCUGGAAGCUGUCCAAAGCCUCAAUCCUCCAAGAAACGGGCUCAGAGUCCCCAAGCGGCUCAGGCGGCAUAAAGCUCGAGUCGGGGUACUACUGCGGGUACAAUAGCCCCGCACCACCUGCCUUCGAGCCUCCAGCUGAGCGUGCCACGCCAUCUAUGCUUGUAGGACAAUGUUUCAGUAUCCCUCCCAGUUCAGCAGGUCUCAGCCAAGCCCCGCUGGUGUCAUCCAACACUAUAUUCUAUCAGCACCCACCGCCGCCCACCGACACACAUCCAACGGCGUCAGACGCGUUGAGCAGCCACCACUCCGGCGCCAAAUACGACGGGACACCGCAGGACUCACUCGGGGACUUCGUGACCUUCGUCUGUCAGGAGCCUACGGAUGUUCAGCAACUACAGGUUCACGGCCUCUCCCGAAGUCCGAAGCCAGCAUACUUCAGCAGCUCGAUGCUGCCGCCGGCGCCGCUGCCGCCCAUGGCGCGGCCCGUGGCCAUCAUACGGUCCACAGGUAAUUGUUCGGCCCGCGAGGAUUACAUGGCGCUAUCCUCCCUCCCAGCGAGCGAGCUAAGUUCCCCGCCGUCACCGGAGCGAUCCCCUUCGACCUCCCCUCGCCGGCGCUCGCCGCACUACCGCACCGACUGUCCGCCGAUAUCACACUACAACCACUUCUCACAGCCACAGCAGGUGUUCAGCUACGGGCCGCUGAGCAGCGUGGGGCUGGGCGGCGGCGCGGUGUGCGCGGGCGGCGGCGCCGUGUCCCCGCCCGGCGGGCUCGGGCUGUACGCGCCGCGCGCGCCGCCGAGGGCCGCCGUCAGAUGGAACGCGCCAUUCCCGACUUUGGAGGAGGAAUUCAACAUUAUGACUGCGCCCGCGGGGCCCGACCAUGUCGUUCUAUUGGACGAUGAACGCUUCUUCCAAUCCAACGUGAUAACCUCCGAAGCGACGGCGAUGGACACGGCCGCCGUCGCCGUAGACUCCGAGGACAUCGCGCCGGACAAAGCGCCGGACCUGCGCUCGCCGUGAUCCGGCGCGUCGGCGGCGCACGCCGCGCCCGCGCCCGCGCCGGCGCCGUGCGCGCGCGCCGCCGCCGAGCUCGACGCGCACACCGUGCUGCGCUGGACGCCCGCGCCGCCGCCGCAUUGGCGACCUGUACUGCACAGAGCCAAUUAAACACGUGAAUAUACCUACACAGUUCUAAAACACUUUAAACUUUCGCGUUUUAUACACAUAUUUAGUAAUUAGAAUGGGAUAUGGUGGCAUUUUUACCUUAUCAGACGUUUCAGCUGGUGCAAACCACGGAUGACUGACGUCCCAUCAAAAUGUCAACGGAGAUAUGGAAAGAUUAAACUACCCGAAAAUAGUUUAUAGAACAUUUUUAUAAACUAUUUUCGGGUAUAGUGUUCGAGUUAGACCCGUUCUUAUCACUAAAUAUAUAAUAUAUAGACAGUUCUUAAAAAAAAUCUAUUAAUCUGAAGAACCAAUGAAGAAAAUAACUAUCUCUAUCAAAUUUCAAGUUAAUAUGGUCAUUUGCAAUUUAUAUUAUAACUACCCUUAAAGUAACUUGCGAGGAAGUGUUUUUGCGAGUGUCCGAUGAUUCAGCACUGAAACUACCGUGGUCAUAGAAAUUUUCCUUUUUGUGGUAAAUACAAAACCGCGUUUUUAAUGGGAGUUAGAAUAUAGAUACACAAUUAAUUCAUCUUCAAUGAAAAAAUGUGCGACAAGGCUACGUCAAAUAAAACAAAAACAUAACAUUAUAAAAUAUGACAAAAAAACUGUUUGGUGACCACGCCCCAUGCAUUUGAUUAUUUCACUGUAAAAUGUAUAUGAUUAAUUUGACAAACUGUAACAUCUAGUACAUACGGGAGUACAGAUGUAGUGAACAAUCCUUUGCCAUCGUAUUUUCUCGGAAACGUUCGUAUUUGUCAUGCUACUUCAGUAAACUUUAGUACUUUUUGUACUGAGACUGAAAUAGUAUAACACGUUUGUGCGUGUCCAUGAAAAUACGGUGGUAAAGUUUUCUGAGUCCCUGUCGCGGCACAGCCGGUAUAGAUGAAAAAAAAGUUUAAAUAUGUUGAUCGACCAUCAACUUAAUAAAACUUAACACGCAUUUUACCAUCUACAGUUUGUUUACCGUGUAAAAUAAAUCGAAAGAUUAGUUCCAUUUCACCAUCCAUACUGUUAAGUUAUGGAAACUAAAAGCAAUAAUAAUCCAGGGCAAAGACGUUUAGUGUAAAUAUUUAUUAUAAUGGUUGUAGUUGAAAUUUAGAUUUUACUUUGCGGCGUCGCCUGUCUGUAUUAAAGCUAGUCUUUAUAAUAAAAAUGUUAAAUUAAUUUGCCUAUAGGAUAAUCUACGUAUAAGUAGUAAAUUUCGGUACGCAGUGACUUUGUUAUGGCGUCUUUUGGGAAUUGAGAACAGUGCCAUCUAGCGGACGUUGCCGGCAACUGAUAGAGACAGGCGGCGCUAUGUUCAUUAUACUCAUUAAGGCGAACAAAAUACAAUACUCCAACGAUGUAAAAAUAGCUACGGAAAAACAUUAUAUAUUCUAAUAUUUUUAUAGAAUACGAAAACGAGUAUGAUAUGAUCAAGCCUUCCAGUAAUUUAGUGAAAUAAAAGUUAAAUGCAGCUUAUAAUUCGUUUGCUAAGCUGUGAAACAGUUAAGGACAAGCUAUACUCAACUUGAUUAGGUAUUUAAGUAAAAAAAAAAUCUACUUAAAUACCCGGGCAAAAGUAUAAAUAUGAAAUCAAAUGCUUCCAAGUAAAAACACGUUUAUUAUUGACAAAAGUGUGAUAUUAUAAUUUGUUUUUUGUUUCGUUGUUGUGUGUUUUGUAUUGAAGGUUAGAAUAAGUGUGUAGUUUACGAAUUUGUUUUAAUUUAUUGAACGAAUAUUUAUGAAAGACGAGCCUUGCUUAAGAUUAGUUUAGUGAUUAGUAGCAAAGACUAGGGUCGAGUUGUUGUUUCGAUUCGAGAAAUAAGUUAUUAAACUACUAUUUAAGCAUUAGAAUAAAAUGUUACCAUUGUUUACUGCAACAGUUAUGAGAUGCCGGUCGGUUAUGUCACUAUUGACUACUGAAUUAUUAAAAAAAAAGUUUUUUUUUGUAAUUGGCUCCCGAUAAACGAAAAUGUAUAUAAAUAUUUGUUACCAAAAUAAUAACGUGAAAAUAUCUUUAUUUAAGGCAUCUCAAACUCUUGGAGUUUUUGAAAAUAAAAAGCAAUAAAAACAUCGAAUAAUUCCGAAUCGAAAUGACAAUAAGCAAUAAUUGUAGUUGGACAUUCGUCUGGAAAGUUUAUAGGUGCCUUUCACGAAUAAAAACGUAUAAUAAUAUAGCUUACUUAUGGUAACUUGUACAUUGUAGUGAUCUUUUAAAAUCCAUCCGCUCAUACCUGUAAUGUGGACAAUUCAUACCUAUUUAUCUUAAGACGAUCAUAUUUGGAUAUUAAAAAAAACAUUACUUUAUUUGCAGGUACUGUAAAUAAUUAAUAUACAUGUCCAGUUUUGUUACUAUCUACAUAAAAAAAAAAGGUGGAUACCAUCAAUGAAUUGCAUAGAAAAAUAAAUUUUAAUUUACAUUUAUUGCAGUUUUACUUCAAAGUUUAUAUAAAUUUGGGGCAAUUUUUUAAAUAUCCAAAUAUGAUAACUAAUGUUUACCUAUAGCCUUAAUCCUCUUAUUAUAGAACCUAGUUUUUUUCUCACCCUGUUCAUUGUAUACUUAAGAAACCUUUUUUUAAUCGUUAAGUGCCAUUCCUGAUGGCCAUCGUUGACUCUGAACGGGGUUUUUUUUCGAGCCCCUCGAGAAAAGCUAGUCAUUAGAAAUACAAUGUAAAUUGAAUGUUUAAAAUUUAAAUUAUAUUUACAUACGCCCCUUACGCUUAUUAGUAAGGGGUAGAAACUAAAUUGUGGCCAAAUUACACUUAACGAAAUCCAAAUAUAUAUACAUUUUAUUAGUGUAGGGAUACGUAAGUAUGGGUAAGAUUUUUUGCAUAUUUAUUUCUUGGUUGAUGACUAUUCAAAGAGGAUUCUGCGAUUUUGGCGAAGUUACUAAAUUCGCAAGCUUGUAUUAGUACAUUAUAAAAUACAAUAAAAGUAUUAAGUGUAUUCUGAUAAAAAUUGAGAUAUUUCUCACAUCUACUCUUCCUAGGCACUUUCAUAAAACAAUAAUAAAAAAGUAUGUUUUGAGUACAUAUUGACAUAACAAAGAGCUUGCGAAUGUUCUUAAUUUUUUUUUAAAUAUACUCGUUCGAAAAAAUCCUACUUGCUUGGUCACCAACCGCCUGCUGGUAGUUAGAACAUAUAGCAUUUUCAGUAAGUACUUAAUCAUUUCGAUGAAAUUUAAACGAUAUUAAAAUGGGAAUAGAGUUGCAAUUGUUUUGUCUCGUUCAAUUUUCAAACAAAACAAUAUCAACUCUAUUCCCUGCGUUAUAGGUUCAAAUUUCUGUGGCAAAUUUUGGAUUUUUCAUUUGUAUGGCUGGGCCUUAGGAGGAUAUGUGUGUGGUGGUCAAAAAUCGCGGGUUCACAACUCGGUUGUGCUAUACUAAAAAAUAGGUCAAUCUUUAAAGUUAUGAAAAGUUUGACUCGUUCUACGAAAUAUUGAAGGAAUUAUCUUUUUAACCUGUUUUUUAGGAAGGCACGUGACACAUGAAACAGGGCUGUGUGUCAGCAUUGACCUGUAAAUCACACAAACAGACUUAGUAGAGCAUCUUAUGCAAAAAUACUUAUGAUACUGACAAUAUAAAGUAUGCUUUUCCUCACUCUUUGUUUUUAGGAUUUUUGUACAAAUGAACAUAAAAUUAUACCAAUAUAUGUAUAUCUAAGACUAAAUGCUAUAUGUUCUGAGCUAUCGCUUCAAUGUAUUUUAUAUAAUUUUUGGAUGCAUUAUGUAUACUUACUAAUUUUGAUCAAAUUUACUUUCUCUCGCCACCAUUUUAAAGUACAUGCUUUGAAUUUAAAUAGUAAAACUAGCCUAAUAGGGAAACUUAGCAAUAUUGACAAGCAAUAGAUAAAGUAUAUUAUAAAAAUCAGCUUUAGGGAAGCUAGAUAUUGGUACUGAAGUAGAAACAUCCUAUAUUAUAACGGUUGCAAAACAUAUUUUUUCAAUAGAAACUGGCUAUAAAGCGUGUUCAUAAGAAAGAAGUACACUGUCAGUAUUAUUGACCAUACGAAUUAGGCGGCUGUAUUUUUUGUGUACAGGUACUUUUUUCAUAUAUAUUCAGAUUGGUAGAAAGCCUAUCACUUGCUUUAGUAUUAUAUGCAUUCUAAUAAUAACAUUAAAAAUUAUACACACCAAAAAAUAUAUAGCUUGAGCAAGUAUGAAAAACCGAAAUAAAAAUGAAAAUGAUUGUACAUAUACAUAUAUAAGAAAAGGCUAUAAAAAGAUAUAAAAAUACUGACAGUGUGCCGCUAAAAAUAAAGUUGGAUUUGAUGUAGAUUUCGGUACAAUUAAAUAGCUGGUACACAAACAUAGUCAGCUGAUAGUUGAACUAGGCAGAAAGGCCAGAAUUAGUCAAUUGCUAGCUAUAGACAUUAUUAGACGAUAAAAAAAACAAUUAUAAGGAAUAAAUAGUUACUUAAAUGUCACUUAAGGCUUGUCGAUUGCAAUUGGUCUCGUGGUCUGUAAGGAAUGACAUUGAAAAGUAUGGCAAUAAUGGUCCUGUAUUUUACCGAGCAAAUUUUAUGAAAUCCGAAAACUUUCAAUGUAUACUGUAUAGAAAACAAAUUAAAAAAGUUACACUUUUCAAAGAAAUUUCGUGAAAUUUGUUUGGCAAAAUGUCAGGAUAACCAAUAAAAUAAAAUGGUGACGAAUUUAAAAGCUCAUUGGUGCCGAAAAUUCUAGACUGUGAUUCAACUGUUCAUGCUGAACGUGUCUUAUAUUGAAAUAGUUGUUUUUGUAUGAUUGGCGAUUAAUAAUAAUGCAUACGGUACGGACAUGUUGUAUGAAAUGCAUUUGUUAGAGAACCGAAAGCGGAUACGGUCCAUUUUCCUAAGCGUGUUACCAAUUUCACAAUCUACGAGUAACUUUGAUGUUGUGUCAAGGUAAUAUUAUGAAAAUUAAAGCCUAAGCCAUCAUAAUAUUAGUUGUCAAGUUGAACAGUAAGAGGUUGAUCUUGAUUUUAUUAAGUAAGUACAUAGUGGUACAUAGUGUCACAUUGACAUAUUGACAUUGUUUCAUGGUGACCCAGGCUUUUGAUUUGAAUGCCCUUGUAAAUUAAGUUACAUUAAGAUAUGGUAUAUGGUAGCACGUUUAGGGGAAAAAAUAACUAAAAAAAAACAUUUUAUUAAGACAAAUGUCAGUAGUUUCGAUAGAUUUUAAUUUCUUAGUAGCUUUGCAUUGUUUUUAUGCGUGACAAACACAGGAGAACGUGUAAGUAAUAUUUAGACCGAGCAAAAUUAAUGCUGUGCCGUAUAUUAAUUAUGAUGAAGAAAAGAAAAAUCUUAUGACAGAAGCCUAUUGAAUAUGGAGAAUAUGAAGAUAUAAAUUAUUCAUGCCAAAGCUCCAAUAUAAUUGACAAUUUGAGACCUACAAUGUACUAAAAUGAAAAAAAUAAUGUGGCUGCAAAGACACAUUUUUUGAAAACUGUCGUUACUGAAUACUCUCUUGCGUGUUUGUCACAGUAAAUUUAUUUCAUUUUCAUAGCACCAGUGUACGAUAAUGGAGUAAUGAAAGCCUAAACAUUAUGUGCCUUAGAUACAACAAUAUUGUAUGAUAUUUAUGAUGCGUUCUAUACAACGUGCUAAAUAGAAUAAAUGAUAAACAUUAUUUUAAAUGCCUGAGUGACUGUCAUUGUAAGUGUUCCUUUCAGCCGCUUGUGUGAUCUCUUCUGGGACUGCGACACCCUUUUACCUAAAGGUUCCAAAAAGAUCGGUCAACUAUUGACCCAGGGCUUGGUAUUGUACUUACUAAUCUCCAAGGUGUUUUCUCCUUUUUUUUAAGUCUAAUGCUAUCAAUCAAUGAUAACAGUAUCGCGUAUGCGAAAUAUUGUCAUUCAUUAUUGAUUGUCUGUAGCCUCUUUAAUCCCAAUAUUUCUUAUUAAAAUUAUUACCAAAAGUGUAACUAGACACCAGUCUGGAGUUAAUUUCGAAUCCAGUACAUUUGUAACCCUCUUGUAAUGUUAUUCUACUAUUAAGUAACGCUUCGAAGCGUAGUUUUGCUGACAUAUAAAUACUUCUACUAUAUUGUAUAAUUUUAGUAUACCUACAUUAUACCCAUUUAAGUACCUAAUUGUAUAUUUUACUGGAAUAUAUCUUAAUCCAAGCAAAAUUUGAAUUAGCGUCGCUUUUUGUUUAAAAAAAGUAGUAAUCGCAUGGCUUAUUAAAACUAUUUCUAUAUAUUUGGAACCACACCUAUUCUAUAAAAAUCGCACAUAAUUUUCUUAUUUAUUUUCAAACUGAUUAUUGAAAGUGAAUACAAACAGAUCCGUCUUAUUAUUAGAGUUGUACACACGUUCAGUAAUAAUGACGGCACUUGGUUCGUAAAACACAAAUGGGAAAUUAUUGGAAAUACUCAAAUGACGCCGUCAAUAUUUACUGACAGUGUGUAAUAUUAUUAAUUUUCGUGGAUUUCUGAAAGUAAAUAACACAUACGUAAAUAGUAAUAAUGUUAAGAAUAAUUAACCAAUAGAGACUCGUAGCGACGAUUUAUUUCGUUUAAAUGCAAUUAUGUUUUUUUAGCAAAUUUAAUUAAAACCUAGGUUUAUUCUAAUUGUGUGUAAAUAUGUUACAAUUGUAUUUAAUUGAUUUAAAAUUUAGUUUUUACUGAGA